CUCGACCAAUCAGCGUCGAGAUCCCGGAUUUAAAUCUCUCGAAAGGCUGCGCGACUCGGCUCCCUUCUCCCUUCGCUAUUUUUUCUCGUUUUUCUCCUCUUCUGAACAAACACUAUCACCUUCUCGACCCCACAGCAAGCAGCAGCAGCAGGCCAGUCGCGGUGCAGUAAAUGCUGACCAAUAAGGAGAACGGGACGAUGGCAGGCAGCAGCAGCAGCAGUUCCUUGCGACUGCCCCUUCAGGAGACCUCCAACGUCCCCAAGAGCACGGAGGCCUUGCGGAAGGAGAGCACCAGCAGCACGGGCAGCACUGGGGAGAAAAGUAAGCGCAAGUGGUCCCUCGAUGACUUUGAGAUUGGCCGUCCUCUUGGGAGGGGGAAGUUCGGCAACGUUUACCUGGCGCGAGAGAAGUCAAGCAAGUACAUCAUUGCGCUCAAAGUGCUGUUCAAGUCACAACUGCAGAAGGCCAACGUGGAGCAUCAGCUGAGGCGGGAGAUUGAGAUCCAAGCCCAUCUCAGGCAUCCUAAUAUCCUGCGACUCUACGGCUACUUCCACGACGAUGUGCGAGUGUACCUCAUCCUGGAGUACGCGCCUCGUGGAGAGCUGUACAAGGAGAUGCAGCAGCAGCCUCACAGCCACUUUGAUGAAAAGAGAUCAGCCAAGUACAUCAUGCAGCUUGCAAAUGCCCUCAAAUACUGCCACACCAAGAAAGUCAUCCACAGAGACAUCAAGCCAGAAAACUUGCUGUUGAGUCUCAGAGGUGACCUGAAAAUUGCUGAUUUUGGUUGGUCAGUUCAUGCGCCAUCUUCAAGACGGACUACACUUUGUGGCACACUGGAUUACCUCCCACCAGAGAUGGUCGAAGGAAAGGCCCACGAUGAGAAAGUGGACUUGUGGUCUUUGGGCGUUCUCUGUUAUGAGUUCCUGUGUGGCAAACCUCCUUUUGAGGCAGAGACCAAUUCCGGGACUUACAAACGCAUCACCAGCGUAGAUCUGCGGUUCCCGUCCCACGUCUCAGAUGGAGCUAAGGACCUCAUUGUUAAGCUACUCCGUCACAACCCUCGUGCUCGCUUGAACCUCGAGGGGGUACUGGCGCAUCCCUGGAUCCAAGAGUGUACCAAAGACCUGCCUACUCCCUCGGGUCACUGAGUGGUGAUCACAGGGGGGUCUCAAAUAUUGUGAUAUUGUCCUCGAACAAGUUUAUUUGAAUUUUGUACAAAGUUAGGUGCUUUGAUCAGGAUCUUUUCUAACAAAGAUAUUUUGUAUUCCCUUUUAAUCAGUAACAAGUAGAUUGACCUUGAAGCUGAAAACUAUAGGUCAUUCCAUUUAGUGUUCUACAAAGGGUAUUUGUAAUAUUUGAUUAAUAUUUCUCCAUUGUAUUUAUUUGUGAUUAUACAGUGGGAUAAAAAAGAAUGACAUUUUUAUUUAUAUUGCAAACGUAAUGGUAGAGGAAUGUACUAGAUUUUAUUACCAAGUGCAGAAACACCACUCCCUGGUAGCUUUUGUAAACAUGGGCAUAAAUAGAUCAUAUUGAAAGUAUAUAAAAUGGAGGGAGUGAUUAUUAAAGUUUUUUGUCAAAUGUAUCCAACUAGAUUUUUACAUCGGGGACUUUUGGGGUUUAUGGUCAGGGUUCCAGCAUAUCUUUUAUAACAAUAUGAAUUGACCUGGGUGACCUCUGACUAUCCAAGCUUUAUACUGGCAGAAUGCUUGUGGGACUUUGUAUUGUAUGCUUGUGCAAUCUCUUCUCUUUUUCUCUUGCCCUCUAGCUCGUGGUACUGUAUUGUUCAGUUUUCUCCUUGUUGCUCUUUCAAGAUCAUCCUAGCCUUGAUAACUGCUGUCCAUCAGAGCUUUUUUCAUGUCAGUUUUACUGGUAUUGACAGACUUCUGUAAAUAAGAUUCUUUUCCCAUCUUUUUUUCAUUUUUGCUGCAUUAUGAGAUAAGAUCAUAUAUAGAACAGUGAUUAACAAAGCUUUCUGAACUGAACACAGCUGCUUUGGCUGGAAAGGUGUGCAUGUAACUGAUUGAUAGUAAAGAAAAUCAUAGCAUUUUCUAUUUCAAGAUUUUCUCCAAUCUUUUUAUAGUUAAACUGUAAAAAUAUGAAAUGAUUUUCCCCUGCUUCCCAUUCUCCAUGCAUUGCUUGACAUUCUGCUAACAUAUUCUAAACUUUUGAUGUGUUAGCUUAUCUUCUAGCUUGUCUUUUAGCUAAUAUGUCAUAAAUUUUAUUCAGUGAAAUAUUUCUGUUCACAUGUUAUGCAGUUUUGUACUUCUGUUUUGUUAUUCCUCUAAGAAUGUUACUAUUUACUCUUUAUUUUUAUUUAUUUAUUUAUUUACCCUUUUUUUCUCAUUAUUAUUAUUUUUGUUUUUUUCAUUAUUAUUACUACUUUUUUUUUAGUUUUUAGUUUACUUGGAUAUUGAGAUUGCCACAAUGUGUUUCAUUAGUAUAAUAAGUAUUACUAGUAUGAAAGUUGUGUAUAUAGAUUACUAGAUAAGUUCACUUUAACAGGUUUUGUAAAGCAGGAAAGUUAAUCUUGCCUAUGCAACUUGUAUUUACACUGCAUUUAUUCAGUACUUUAUCUGUAUUUGGUUUUUAAACAGCUUGGAUUUAAUGAUAAAAGUAUAUGGCCUGGAAAACAAAUGUUAACUGUUCUUA